AUGGAGCCCGAUUCCCCUUCCCGCCGCCCGAUUCCCCUUUCCCACCACCUGAUUCCCCUUUCCCGCUGCCCGAUUUCCCGUUCCCGUCGCCCGUUCUCCCCUUCCCGCCUCCCAUUCAUCCCUUCCCACCUCUCGUUCAACCCUUCCACCUCCCAUUCUCCUCUGCCCGCCUCCCAUUCUCCCCUUCCCGCCUCCCAUUCUUCCAUUCCCGCCUCCCAUUCUCCCCUUCCCGCCUCCCAUUCUCCCCUUCUCGCCUCCCAUUCUCCCCUUCCUGCCUCCCUUCUCUCCCUUCCCUCCUUUCCCUCCCUUCUCUCCCUACCCUCCCUUCUCUCCCUUCCCUCCCUUCUCUCCCUUAUCACCCUUGCCUCCCUUAUCUUCCUUCCCUCAAUUCCCUCCCCUCCCUUGAUUGCCUUCCCUCCCUUCUCUCCCUUCCCUCCCUUCUCUCCCUUCCCGCCCUUCCCUCCCUUCUCUCCCUAA